UGUGGGCGGGUCCUUGCCUCUGUUUUCUUAGGUAGCCUGUUAAAAUGCCCGAACUCAAAACACUUCUUUUUCCAAGAUGGCGUCGAUGAAGGACAGCGACACCGGCCUGUGGCUUCACAACAAAUUGGGAUCUACAGACGAGCUUUGGACGCCCCCGAGCAUUGCCUCUCUCCUCACAGUGUCUGUAAUCGACAACAUACGACUGUGCUUUUCGAGUCUGUCGCCGCCCGUGAAGCUAAAACUUCUACUCGGGAUGCUGCAUCUUCCCCGGCGCACCGUGGACGAGAUGAAAGAAGCUCUGUCUGAGAUAAUCCAGUUGGCCACGGUGGAUUCAGAGCCCUGGGUGCUGAUGGUUGCAGACAUCCUCAAAUCCUUCCCAGAGACGGGCUCUUUAAACUUGGACUUGGAAGAGCAAAACCCAAAUGUUCAGGAUAUCCUUGGAGAGCUCAGGGAAAAAGUGAGUGAGUGUGAGGCUUCGUCUAUGCUUCCUCUUGAAUGCCAGUACCUAAACAAGAGCGCCUUAACCACACUGGUGGGACCUUUGACACCACCUGUCAAACAUUUCCAACUCAAACGAAAACCCAAAAGUGCAACGCUGAGAGCAGAACUGCUGCAAAAAUCCACAGAGACAGCUCAGCAGUUAAAAAAGACAGCCGGAGUGCCUUUUCAUGCCAAAGGGAGAGGUUUGGUUAAGAAGAUUGACAAUACAACUCCUCUUAAGGGGAUUCCCAAAGCCCCAUUUCGAAGUCCCACCGCCCCCAGUAUGUUCAGUCCUCCCAGUAAUCGCACACCUAUAGCUCCUGCUCGCACACCUCUCCGCAAAGAGAGAGGAGUCAAGCUUUUGGAUAUUUCUGAGCUGGAUAUGGUGGGAGCUGGACGGGAAGCUAAAAGGAGAAGAAAGACAUUGGAAACCGAGACUGGGGAGAAAGCAGCCAAAGAAGAAGCAGUAGUUGAAAACACGACUCCAGAUUACGCUGCUGGACUUGUUUCGGCGCAGAAACUGGGGGCAUUGAACGAGAAUCCACUACCGUCAACAAGUUAUUUACCAGCUACUCCCAGCAUGGUGCCCUCUUCCUCUUAUAUCCCCAGCUCUGAGGCACAGCCAGCAAACGCGGGCGGUUCAGGGCGGGAAACGCUACAGUCGGCUCGCCAACCGGAGGAGCCGGCCACAGCAGGCACCGGGGCCAACGCCACACUCCCGGGCCAGUACAAACAGAGGACCCCCAUGUACAAUGCAGGGACCACCGCCAACCCAGCCACACCCACCUCCCCCAGCACGCCCACUUCCACGCCUGCCAACAACGGACCCCCAGCAGCAGCUACAGCCAGCCAGCCCGAGACCCCCACCCAGCCUCCCAGCACGCCACAGACCCCCACGCCUACCUCCGCACCCCAACAGCCCCAGCCCAAAAAGAACCUGUCGCUCACGAGAGACCAGAUGUAUGCCGCUCAGGAGAUGUUCAAAACGGCCAACAAGGUCACGAGACCGGAGAAGGCGCUCAUUCUAGGCUUCAUGGCAGGAUCCAGAGAGAACCCGUGCCCGGAGCAGGGGGACAUCAUCCAGAUCAAACUGAGCGAGCACACAGAGGUCCUGCCCAAAGCCGAUGGCACAGGCAGCACCACCAUGUUAGUGGACACUGUGUUCGAAAUGAACUACUCAACAGGACAGUGGACCAGACUCAAGAAAUACAAGCCCAUUACCAACACCUCCUGAGCACUUCUAACCCGUAUCACCCCCAAGCCCACUCACACAGUACAUCACAUACACACAAGUACCUUCAAUUUCUUGGGUUCUUUUUAAAGAGUCCAUAUUACUCUAUGUUCUGACCUAUGUUAUAAUGUUGUUUCCUCAUCAAAAACAUAUCCUGUGUUGUUUUGUUUCAUUCACAUGUUUAACACACAAACCCUGCAUGUUUAGGCUAAGUUCUUCCCUCAAAGAGAAAAAUUCUUUUGUGAUGCUUGUGAUGUCAUGUGGUAAUACAGGAAGUGCUCCACUGUGUUUUUAAACUCCAUACACCUUCACUAGAAACAUUCUGAUAAUUUCAAUCCUGGAAUUGCCAAUCUCCACUCAACAAAUGAUAAAUGGUAGCCGCUAAAAGAACAGAGCAUUUUGCGCUUUGGAGAUGUAGACAGACUGAAAAUGCAGGAUUACUCAAACAUAUGAAUGAAACAAAACUCCAGGUACAUUUUUGAGGCGGUAACAAAAUUAUAACAUGGCUUAAAGUUCACAAGAGUGAAUUUUGCGUAUUAUAGAGCCUUUAAAGACAAUUCACCGUAUUCCGGACGUUGGUGUGGGCACCACCACCAUCAUUUGGGUUGUAUUAUUUUGUAUGCUGCAGCAAAUUUCAAUACAGACUAUAAAGCUGUUUUAAGGCCCCCUGGAGAAUUGGUGUGGUGUUCACUUCUUGAUGUACAUGAAAAUUGAACAUUUUACACAAAUGAACCUAGUUUGUCAUAUUUUAGCUGCAAAACCUUUCCCAAAUUUUCCAUUGACAUGGGAUCUAAGUCUUAACCAGAAGUGCCACCACAAGAAAGCGUGGUUUAGGUGUGUUUAGAGACUUAAGAUGGCAGGGUAGAAUAAUAUAGUAGGAGACGUAUUUACCUUGUUAAGAAACAUGUCAACAAGGUAAAUGUAUCUCCUACUGUAUUGUCUUUAAAAAGAAGCCAAGAAAUUUAUGUACAAAAGAAGACAAAAUGAAUGCUUUUGGAAUACACAAAAGUACCCUUCACGUUCAGCCAAAAGCUUCUCUGGUAGGGCAAUCGAGAGAGCAAGCCUCCCUUUUUCUUGUACAGCUGCCAAAAUGCUGGACUGUGUCUUUGGUUGUUUCUUUCUACCUUUUUAUUGUUUGUUUUUAAAUGGCCUCUGGGUCCUAAAGGUGGUCAGGUGCAGAGAAGUUUACUGCACCUGAAGAUGUGGACUCUAUUGAAUACAACUACAAAAGAGCUGUCUAACGAGUUGUCCUCAAAUGGUAUUCAAAAACAUGGGCACGCUCAAAAGAAAAGGACUUGUAAAACUAACUUGGUGACUGGAGACUUUUGAUAAAUGUUUAUGGAAUCUUCCCUUUUAAAGAAGGUAUGAAAAUAAAAAGACAGACUCCAGACCAUGUUCUUUACUCUUAUACAAAUAAACCAGAAACUGCUGAAAUCUUUCGGGAUUAUAAAGGGA